GGAUGUUGCACAACGAAAAUAGCUCGGCUGGGGCAAUCGCGCGCGCGAAAAGGUUUUUUACGUACCUUGGAAGGGGGCCCUGGGACCUACGCUCCAUGGGCCGGGCCCGUCAUUACCGCUGGUGAACAGUACGUGGACGGAUCGACGCGCAUCGAACACUCUCGCGCUGCCCGAGAGUGUGAACCAAUUUGUGGUUUCUUCUUUUUGGUUUUUGUUUUAAAUUGUGGUGUUUGCUGGCUCCAUUGCCCUUUUACUGUGACCUCUGCAUACUGCGGUGUACUCAAGCGUGUGCGUGUGUGAAUAGUUGGAGUGAAGCAAGUCUCUCCUCCACCCUCCCCCCCCGGACCCGGUGGUCACCGAGGGAGCACCCAAUCUACAGCAUCGAUCAACCUCCAGAUAUUAUCAAUUUGUGCCAACGGGGCCACCUCACUUCCGGUUGAAAUAGACGACACCUAGCAACUACAUUACAGAGUAAGUGGAUCCGCAUAUGUGUGUGUGUGUGUGUGUGUGUGUGUAUGAGAGUGUUUGUGACCUAAAAAACGCAACUCAUGGUCGACCGAUUAUAUGCGCCGUUACUUUCGAAUGGAGCGAAAAAAGGAAACGUUACCGCCUUUGCUAGACAUUUCCAUCCUCAACAAAGCUCUCCAGGAACGCCACAAAUUCCACAAACCAUCCCCGUGGAUCGCACUUUGCCAUUUCCAGCUUCCCCGAAUGACAUACCCGAACAUACAUGGGUGUGUGUGUGUGUGCGUGUUUUUUUCGAGAAGAUUCGGGAAGAUUCAAGCGACACUAGAAACAUUUGCUCGCAGCGGUCUCCUUCCCCAGGGAGCUCCGGGAACCAUUUUUUUUUUUCAAGGACGAAUUUUCCUUUCCCAUUGAGGGCGUGGGGAGGGGGGGGGGGCAGGGGGAUCGUUCGGGGGUUGACAAAAUACGCAUCCUUCACUGCAUGCUGAAGGGGGGGGGGGGGGGGAGAGACUUCCAAAGGGAGCGCCGCACGGGUUUCGUGACUGAUUGACGUCAGCGCGCAGUCCAAGAUGGCGCAGCUUGUUUUUGUGUACACGCGCGCGGUGUGUGGCGGUGUUUCUAGAAAUUUCGGCGACCGCCAUCUUCCAUCUCGCUUUUGCCGCCUUUCAAUGCCUAAAAUGGGGGAAUUUUGCUAUGGCGAUGGGGGCGUGCGGGGCAGGGGGUUGCCACUGCUCGGUUUUUAUGCUGUUUGUUAACACAUUCUCCCCCCCGCCCCUCCCCCUCCCUUCACACCUUCCCCGACAAUCCAAGGGCUAUCUGUCCAAGGUCCUGACGGCAAUUUGACAUCUCUUUGCUCUACGAUUGCUUGUGUAUGUGUGUGUGUGUGUGUGUGUGUGUGCGUGCUGAUUCCACACCUAAAUUCAUUACCCCGCCCUCCACCAUUCCAACCGGUUUUUAGCACCAUGUUAGCAUCCCUCCCUCCUUUGGCACUCUUUUUUUUUAAGCGAGCGUCUCUUUCGGCACGUUUUCGCCAUUUUCUCACCGUGGUAGACGCGCGCCGCAAAGAUCUUUCUGGAACGUUCGCACACACGCGCGCCCGCUCAUCUGGCUGAGACCUUCGGCAGAGAGAAGGGAGGAGGGGGGGGGUGGGAGGUUCACUGAUAUUUGUCGCCGUUUAUGUUAUUUUUUGUUUUCUCUCCCUCCAAUGGCGAUGGUUGCACAUUUCUGAUUCUCUCUUUUUUUUUUUUCUUUUUUAACUCUUGUUGUUGUUGUCGCGCCUCAGCCGUAAAUUCGUGUUCGUGAUCCGAAGGUUCACAACCUGUUAGACCAGUUUGGGAGCAAAAAAAAAAGAGGCCAAAUGUCGCUGACGCAACACAGUGCGUUCUAGAACGUUUGCGUGUUGCGGGCGGCGUGUCGCACGCGCGUGGCAGUAGUUUCGGUGGGAGCUUUUUAUUUUUAAUCCCCUUUUCUAAUGGUGGAUCUGAUUUAUGGGACCCGCCCCAUUAGACCCAUUAGCAGGGGAGGGAGGGUGAGUUUUUUUAACCUGAACAGAGGCAACCCAAAAACAACAGAAAGAAAAAGAAGUAGAGUGGUCGCUUCCGGGCGGGAUGCGGUCGCUUAUCUUAUCUUCGGGUUGACUGGUGCGACGCGACACAAGCGCUCCUCGUAAUGGUGAUGCGGCUUUGCGACAAAACCUACAGCCAUCAUCUCUCUCUCUCUCUCGCACACAUACACCAGAGAUAUUGGAAAUACCACUCAGCACAGGCAACAGGCACUGCACGUUUGCGAUAAGCGGUGAUUCCCUCGCAGUAUCUACUGAAGUGUGCACCACGCCAGUUCGUCCAUUUUGUCUCGGCGCACGGCACCUGCAGCGUAUAAACCCGCUGACGCAAAACAGGUUGAGGGCUGGCAACUCUCAACUCAUCUCGGGGCGUUAUCUAAAGCGUUAAAAUUUCAGUGGAAUUAAACGGUGAAUUUAUCUCACUAUCCCGAUGGCACAAGCAACUGAGUUCGUCAACGACUGCCGCUCAUGGCGAGAAAUCCUGUCGGCGAAGUCGUGCGUCGGCCGCGGUGCCGACGGCGCCCGACCAGCGCCUGGAAGAGACGAUCUUCUUUUACGGAGGCCUAGUCAACCGGAGCGAUCGGAAUGCGUACUCGCCGCUGGACGAGCCACUGCUGCUGCUGCACGCCGCCGCACCGCCGGAGGACGAGGCGGCCGGCUGGCUGAACACCACGACCACGAUGCUGUGCUCGCCGGGGGCGUCGGCUGGCGCGGCCGACGCCAGCACCGACGCGGCCUGGUGGUCGCCGGGAAAGGGCCGGAUGGACGUGGGGCGCACCAGCGCUACAACAGGUGAACGGUCGCCGGGCGACGGGCCACGGACGGCAGCACCCGGCUGCCGGAAUGAGUUUGACAAAGCAACCAGCGCGAGCUUCAGUGGUGCUGAGGCGAGCAUAACUGUACACGACGUAUGUAAUAAGAGCGGCGGCAGCGGCAGCAGCAACGGCGGCAGCGGCCGCCCCCACGACAGUAGCGGCGGCUGCGGCGGCCAGUUUUCUAGCGGAGCACGGAGCCAUGUGGCCCCGGGCAGCUGCAGCGGUGGUGGGACCGCUGCAGCCGCCACUCCCGCCGGUGCGCCCGCAGCAGUGCGGCAGCACCAGCCCACCAGCAUCAUCUCCCCCAAGAAACCGUGCGACUACAGUAGCAUCAUUAGCGUUAGAAGCAGUAGCAGUAAUAGCAAUAGAGGAGGCGGCGGCGGCGGCGGCUGCGGCCGGCCGUACGGGCCACCGUCGUACGGUGGCGGUCCGGGGUCCACCACCCCCACCACCACCACCAACACCGCCGCCCUAUCCACAGCCCUGUCACCACCAACACCACCACCAUCACUACUACUACCGGACAUCGACUGGACGAACGAGACGUGCCUGGGCGGUGCCGGGACCGAUCACGACUUUACCAACACGAUCGUCGACGGUCCCGCCGGCCACCAUCUCUGGUUGCGUUCGCCGACCGCCAGCAGCAGCAGCAGCAACAUCACCGACACCGAGCUCGAGCGCAGCCUGGACGAGUACCAGCAUGUCCGGGGCAUGGGGCCGGCCCGCACCGCGCUCGAGACGAGCAUCGACUGCGCGAACCUGCUCGACGAGCUGCAGGUCGAGCUGGCGCAGCCGGCCCUCGCCCUCAGCUCGCCCGUGUCGCUGCACGAGGAGAUCGAGCAGCUGUCGAGCGCGUUCGACUGCGACGCCUCCAACCAUCUGGUGUCGACGGUCACGGCCGAGCCGGUGGCCGCCGCCGCCGGCGCCCUCCCAUUUCUCGGGCUGGCCGCCGACGACACCGAACCGAUCUCGCUCAACAUACUCAAGUGGCUGCAGGAGGACAUCUCGACCGGGCUGCUGCCGGAGCAGCAACCGCCGCCCCAACCAUCGCCCGCCCCAGACCUGUUCGAGCACAGCCUCGACCAAAUACACAACAUCACCGGGCUUGCCCGGCUCGGCAACAAGGCGGCGGCGGCGGCGAGUCGACGUAUCGGUGCUACCAACGCUACUACUGCUGCUGUAACGAACACGACGACGACCACAACGACGACGACGCACAGUGCGGAUCCGCAGCGCGACCACAACUACUUCGCCAUGAAGCGACGCCUCCAGCAGGAGGAAGAGGAGGAGGUGGAGGCGCAGGAGGAGGAGGAGGAGCAGGAGGAGAUUCGCAUCAGCAAGACCAGCAGCAGCAAGAUGCCCCGGCUCGCCAGCGACGAAGGCCGUUGGGCGACGGCCGGCGAGAGCACGAUCUUCUCAGCGCCACCCGCCACCAAUACGAUCUGCAAACAGCUGCAUCAACAACAACAACAACAACAACAACAACAGACGACGAACGCAAUGGGCAGGAAGCUGGCCUCCCUUGCCAGCCGCAAGGCGGCCACACUCGCCAUCAACGUGAGCCACAAGACGAGCGAAGCGGCCCCGGCACACUCCACCAUCAAUGGGCAGGCGCUGGCAGCACUGCUGCAGACGACGACGACGACGACUACUACGACGACGCCCAGCACCUACGAGCCGUCGCUACGCGUGCCGCCGCUAGCAGCGGCCACCACACUCAACACGCCCGACCUCACCAACGACAUACUAGAUUUGGAAGAUGAAAAGUUUGAUCUGCUGUCGUUCAUCGACACCAAUGACGAAUCGUUAGAAUUUAACCCCUACCACGCGACCGUCGAGGAGAAGCCGACGCUAGAGCUGCUGGCGUCGCCGGCCGCCAUUACGCCGACGGGACGGACGCGCACCAUCCUCGCGCCGAAGCAGCCACCGCAGAAGAAGGAGGGAGGCAGCGAUGCCGAGCGGCAGAUCUGCCAGCUGCUGACGCUGGACAGCCUGCGGCAGCUGACGAGCGCCGCCGAGGAUGUGGCGAACCGGGCGGCCGCCGGCAGUACCAGCGCGUCCCCUACCGGCGGCAGCAACCAACACCACGGCGGCAGCAUCGGGCGGCGUACCAAUGCGAGCAGCAGCGCGUGCAGCAUCGGGUCCCGCUCGUCCGCGUCGUCCGUGUGCGGCGACUCGGGCUCGGACGUGUCGUCCAGCACCACCAACACCACCGCCAAGACGCCGAAGCGGCGGGGCCGCCCGCCCAAGCAGGCCGGCACCGUGCGGGACCGGUCGCAGUACCAGCAUCUGAGCGAGGCCGACUGGCGCUACCGGGAGCAGCGGGACAAGAACAACGAGGCGUCCCGGAAGUCGCGCAUCAACCGGAAGGACCGCGAGCUGAAGCUGGAGCUGGAGGCGGACCGGCUGAGCGCCCAGCACCAGAAGCUGUCGUACGAGGAGCGCCGCCUGCAGCAGGACUGCCAGCGGUGGCGCAAGGCGGUCAUGAAGCUGGCCCUGCUGUAAACCCGCUGGCUGUUGUUUUUUUGUUGCUGUGAGGUUAGGUCGCGAGGGAGGGGUUUUUGUUUUGCUCCCUGCUUUUAUAUAUACAUAUUGUUUAGUACUAAUCUUAAGGCCACUAACAUAUAUAGGCCACCUACCGUUAUCAAAGCGGCGCCAUUUUGCUGCGAACACGUGGUUGUUUCGUGCGCCAUUGUUUCUCUGCGGGGCGUGUGAGAUAACCACCGACAACAAGUGGGCGAUUAUCGAUUUUCUGUACGUCAGUACCUUGUUUUUUUCUUUCUCUCUUCUCAAUUGCGCCCACGUGCAAUCCUAACCCCCUAAUGUUUCCCAAGCCCCGCAGUGAGCGUGGUUUUAACCUAAAAUGGCGGCGACGCGCAGUGCCGUUUAUCGUUCUUGCCCCAGUUUCUCUGUUUUCUGUCGAAUAACGCACGAAUACACGUUUCGGUACGGCAGUUUUGUUUGGUAGGAAUAAUCUCUUGUUGUUUUCUUAUUGUGGGGCUUGUAUUUUGUUUUGUUUUGUUUUCAUUUCUACUACUAUGCCCCACGUCUGCUUGGUGGGUUAGUUGUACCCGGUGGUGGUUUUAACACUAUGCACUCUGCACAGAUUUUAAAGUAAAGAACGUUUUACGUCCUGUAAUCAACUAACCGUAGUAAUUAGCUGUUUAAAAGAAACAGAGAAAAAACACACAUAUAAGAUGAUAAUUGCUUGUGACGGCCGCGGGAGCCUCCAACAGGCUUGUUUGCAUCGUUGUGCAUUGCUAUUUUAAACAUCUUCUUGUAUCAAUAAAGGCAGGCUUGCCACCAAAAAAAAAAAAA